AUGACACAAGUCCAAGGCACUUGCCAUCCGGCCUUCUCCUCCCUCAAAGCUAUCUUUGAGGAGAACCUCGCUUCCGGCGAGGAACUCGGCGCCGACAUCUGCGUAAACAUCAACGGGGAGACCGUCGUCGACCUCUGGGGCGGCCACGCAGACGUUGCGCGCACAAAGCCCUGGACCCAGGACACAAUCGCACCCGUCUGGUCCGUCUCCAAGAUCAUCACCAACCUCUCCGCACUGCUCCUCAUCGACCGCGGCCAGCUCGACCCCUACGCCAAGGUCGCCCAGUACUGGCCCGAGUUCGCCGCGGACGGCAAGCAGGACAUCGAGGUCCGCCAUGUCCUCAGCCAUACCGCCGGCCUACCCGCCUGGGAUCCCCCGUUGUCCCGCGACGAAUACUACAACACGCCCCUGGCCACGGAGAAACUCAUCCAGCAGCAACCUUGGUGGACCCCCGGCACCGCGUCGGGAUACCACCUUACCUCCCAGGGUUUCCUAGUCGGCGAGCUCGUGCGGCGCGUCUCGGGCAAGUCGCUGACGCAGUUCAUCCGCGACGAGCUUGCUACCCCGCUCGAUGCGGAUUUCCAGCUCGGCGUCGCAGAGAAGGACUGGCCGCGCACGGCGGACAUCGUGCCCCCUCCACCUAUAGACAUGCCCGCCCUCGAUCCCCAGAGUAUCCCUGCGCGCGCAUUCCGAGGGACCCUGGCCGACGCGACGGCGUGCAUGACGCCUGAGUUCCGGCGCGCGGAGCAGGGUGCGUCGGGCGGAUUCGGCAAUGCGCGUGCGAUCAACCGGAUUGCCUCGAUGGUUACGCUGGGCGGGAGCGCGAACGGGAAGCGGUUCCUUUCGCCCCAGACAAUCGAUCUGAUCUUCCAGGAACAGGUCAGCGGGGCGGAUCUGGUGCUGGGGCUCUUUUUCCGGUUUGGGAUGGGCAUGGGGCUGCCGGCGCCGGAGAACAAGGCGUUGGAGUGGAUGCCGCAAGGAAAAGUGUGCUUCUGGGGAGGUUGGGGCGGGUCCCUCGCGAUCAUGGAUGUCGAUCGCAAGGUGACGAUUACGUAUACGUUGAAUAAGAUGGGUUCUGGGACGAUGGGAAAUGGACGCACUGAGGCGUAUGUCAAGGCUGUGUAUGCGGCAUUGGACGCGUACAAGCCAUGA